CUGAGUGUCAGCGUCGCACAUACUUUCGAGGAACGCCGUCAAACUCCGACAAACUCCGCUGACCAGAAAUUUUCAAAAGUCGUGAACACCACAUCAAGGAUUGACUGACCAUGGCGAGCUUUCACCGUCGUCCUGCCUCGGGCAUCAAAGUCAUCAUCGUAGGUGCCGGAUUCGCCGGUCUCUCCGCGGCCAUCGAAUGCGAUCGCAAAGGGCACUCUGUCACUCUUUUCGACAAAGCUGAGUCCAUUGAAGAAUUAACCCGGUUUGGCGAUAUUAUAUCCUUCGACCCAAACGGCGCGCGGAACUUCGAACGCUGGCCUGGCGUCAUUGAAGCCAUGCAGAAAGUCGCCCGGCAAACCUCGUGGCUGGAUCUGUACCACUGGAAAGGCGAUUUUGUAACUAGACAGUCGUUCGCAGAUGAAAGGAAGUGGGGUCCGAGGAUUAAUGGACAUCGGGGGGAGUUGCACGGGAUUAUCUGGGGUCAUGCGGUUGACCGCGGGACAAUCGAUAUCCGGCUUGGGAAGAGGGUUACGGAUUAUUUCGAAGACGAUGAUAAAGCCGGAGUAGUUGUGGAUGGCGAGAAGAUGUACGCGGAUGUAGUUAUUGCGGCCGAGGGCGUGCGGUCAAGAGGCAGGAAGAUUGUACUAGGUUUUGAAGAUCGACCGAAAAGCUCAGGAUAUGCGGUAUAUCGUGCGUGGUUCCCUGGAGAGGCGAUUGCGGGGAAUGAGAUGUUGAAGCAUUUGGUUGUGAAUGGGGACACGCAUUCUGGGUGGAUUGGCCCGGAUUUGCAUUUCCUGGCGUCGUCUUUGAAGAAUGGGAGUGAGUUCAAUUGGGUGUUUACACAUGUGGAUGAUGGGAAUAUCGAAGAGAGCUGGCAGUUUCCUGGCAAGGUGGAAGAUUGUUUGAAGUACGUCGAAGGGUGGGCACCGAUUGUUGUGGAAAUCGUCAAGUCGACUCCGAAGGAUGCACGGCUUAUUGACCACAAGUUGGUUUACCGGGAGCCACUACCAACCUUCAUUUCGCCGAAGGCGAGAAUUGCCUUGAUUGGGGACGCUGCACACCCCUUCCUGCCUACUUCGAUUCAAGGCGCCAGUCAGUCAAUUGAGGAUGGUGUGGUGCUGGCAGCCUGUUUAGAACUAGCAGGAAAGAACAAAGUACCAUUAGCAGUAAACGCGUUCGAGAAGAUUCGAUAUACAAGGGUACACGAUGCUCAAGCGAUGGGUCCGAAGACGAGAGAAAAGUGGCAUAAAGCGAACUGGGAUGAGGUUCAGAAGACACCGGAAGCGAUUCACUUAACAAGGGAGGCUUGGUUGCUUAAUUUCGAUGCCGAAUCAGAUGCAUACCAAAGAUAUGGUGGAGUAGCUGCGGAUCUUGAGGCUGCGCGGCCACGUCUGUAAAGGGGUUAGAAUAUGCUUGGGAUGGCGGUCCUGUUCAAGCAGGGUUAGAGUCGUGUCACACUUUAAACUUCAGAAUUUCCGCGCCACUUGUAACCUUAAUUAGACCACUGGCUUCCUCGUUUGA